UCACUGUGCUUCUUCAACUAGAACAGAAGAAGGAAUGUCAGGGCUGAUUGUGCAAGAUGAGAGUUCACCUCCCAGAAGCUUGCAAGACCGAAAGGAGGAGAACAGGCAUCUGCAGAGCCAUCCCCUUUCUCUGAAAAUGGCUGAUGCAUAAUAUCCUGGAAUCUUGGCUCCGUGUCCAAAUGGCUUGGCUGUACCUGGAGCCGAUAUUCAGCUCAGAGGAUAUCCACAAUCAAAUCCCAGAGCAGGGAAAGAUGUUUGACGUGGUGGAUACAAACUGGAGGCUGAUAAUGAGAGAAUCGGUCAAGGGAGCCAAUGCAAUGCAAGUUAUCUCCCAGCCACAGAUGUUGGAUAAGCUGAGAGAAGCAGAGUCACUGUUGGAUGACAUUCAGAAGGGGCUCAACGAGUAUUUAGAAAAGAAAAGACUUUUCUUCCCCCGGUUUUUCUUCCUCUCUAAUGACGAACUGUUGGAGAUUCUCUCAGAGACAAAAGAUCCCCUUCGAGUCCAGCCUCACCUCAAGAAAUGUUUCGAAGGGAUUGCUCAGCUCACCUUCAACGCCAACAAAGAAAUUACCCACAUUGAGUCAGCCGAAGGGGAGAAAGUUGAACUUGUCACUCGCAUCAUCCCGGCCAAAGCCAAGGACCUUGUGGAAAAGUGGCUUUAUGAGGUGGAAAAGGGAAUGAAGAGCUCCUUGGGUGAAGUAAUGCUACAGGCUAUCAUUGCUUACUCCAGCACUUCAAGAAAGGAGUGGGUGCUGAACUGGCCUGGUCAAGUAGUGUUGGCAUCCAGCAUUGUAUACUGGACUGCAGCUGUCUCAGCGGCCAUCACUCAACAGAACGGACUAAGUGAAUUUCUGGAGAAAAGUAAUAAACAGAUUGACGAUAUUGUCACCCUGGUGCGGGGCAAACUAACCAAGAUGGCGAGAAUAACCCUGGCUGCACUUAUCACCAUCGAUGUUCAUGCUCGAGAUGUUGUUGCGAAACUGAACAACCUAGGAAUUACCACCACAACAGACUUUAAUUGGAUUGCACAGUUGCGAUAUUAUUUGGAGAAGGAGAACAUCAUUGUCAGAAUGAUUACGACCACAGUACCUUAUGGUUAUGAAUAUUUGGGCAACACAGGAAGGCUUGUUAUCACACCCCUGACUGACAGGUGUUACAGAACACUAAUGGGAGCUUUACAACUGAACCUAGGAGGGGCUCCAGAAGGACCUGCGGGAACUGGCAAAACCGAAACCUGCAAAGAUUUGGCCAAGGCUGUGGCUAAACAGUGUGUUGUGUUUAACUGUUCCGAUGGACUCAACUACAGAGCAAUGGGGAAGUUUUUCAAAGGCCUGGUACAGUCUGGAGCUUGGGCUUGUUUUGAUGAAUUUAAUCGUAUAGAAUUAGAGGUUCUGUCUGUUGUUGCCCAGCAGAUCCAAACCAUUCAGCGAGCAGUUUCAGAACAAGUCAAGACAUUUGUCUUUGAAGGAACAGAAAUCUCUCUGGACCCAUCCUGCACUGUGUUUAUAACCAUGAACCCAGGCUACGCCGGCAGGGCUGAGUUACCUGACAAUCUGAAGGUUCUGUUUCGUCCUGUGGCUAUGAUGGUCCCAGAUUAUGCACUCAUUGCUGAACUCUCUCUCUACUCCAUGGGGUUUGUCAGUGCUCGGAUCCUCGCUGCGAAAAUUGUAGCAAUGUACCGACUCUGCUCGGAGCAACUUUCCUCUCAACAUCACUAUGAUUAUGGGAUGCGAGCUGUAAAAUCCGUCUUAACUGCAGCUGGAAACUUGAAAGUCAAGUACCCCGAGGAAAAAGAAGAGGUUCUCACACUUCGCUCCAUCACUGAUGUCAACCUGCCAAAGUUCCUCUCCCACGACAUCCCACUUUUUGACAGCAUAAUUUCUGAUCUCUUCCCGGGGGUCGUUUUGCCAACUCGUCACCAUGGCAACCUGGAGAUUACUAUCCAAGAAGCCAUUAAAGAAUUUAAACUUCAGCCUUCACCCUGGUUCAUUGAAAAAAUCAUUCAGAUUUAUGAAAUGAUGUUGGUGCGCCAUGGCUUCAUGCUGGUUGGGAGCCCCCUGGGAGGUAAGACUUGUGCCCUGAAGGUACUCGCUGGUGUGCUGGAGCUGCUGGAAGAGAGGGGCCUGAUGGAUGAACAUAGAGUGCAGUAUGUCAUCAUCAAUCCAAAAGCCAUCAGCAUGAGCCAAUUGUACGGCAGCUUUGAUCCAGUGUCUCACGAGUGGAAUGAUGGAAUCCUGGCUAAUGUGUUUCGGGAACAUGCCACCAGUCUGACCAGUGACCGGAAGUGGUGCAUCUUUGAUGGCCCCGUGGACGCUGUCUGGGUGGAAAACAUGAACACAGUACUUGAUGAUAACAAAAAGCUCUGUUUGAUGAGUGGGGAGAUUAUUCAGAUGAGUUCCCAGCAGAAUAUCAUUUUCGAAGUUCUGGAUCUUAAACAAGCAUCGCCUGCAACCGUCAGCAGAUGCGGGAUGAUUUACAUGGAGCCAAUGAAUCUUGGGUGGGAACUGUUGGUCCAGUCCUGGUUAGCUACAAAACUACCUCAGCAACUGACAACAGAGCAGAGGCAGAUUGUACAGAUGCUGUGUAAUUGGCUGUUACCACCAUGUUUGGACUUUGUUCAGAAGAAGUGUAAUCUCAUGGUACAGUCGUCUCCCAUGCACCUGACUGUCUCCAUGCUGAAAAUCUAUGAGAGCUUGUUGGUAGAAAUCAGCUUCACUGAAGAUCCUGUUGGUGAGGCUGAGGAGAUUUUUCCAGCUCUGCAAGUAGUGGAUGAAAAGAGCUCCUCAUCCACCAGACAGAAGGAGGUGGAGGAGGUCACUAACCAUCUGAUAGCUUACGCCUUCUUUUCAGUCGUCUGGGCAGUUGGUGGCAUGCUUGACCCUGCAUCAAAGCCAAGAUUCAGCGACUUUUUCAGCAAUUUCUGUGAAUGGGACUCAACAUAUCCAAGACCGAAAGAUUUAAAAUUUCCACGAGCUUUGCAAAUCCCUAAGAAAGGGAGUGUUUUCGACUAUGUCUACCUCAAAAGAACCUUUUCAUCAUGGUGCACAUGGAGAGACCUGAUCACUACUGUUGACAUUCAGCAGAGUAUAAAUACUGACGGUCAAGUUAUUCGGCUAAAUGACAUUAUUGUUGACACCACGGAGUCAGUGAUGCAGACGUAUUUUCUUGAGAGAUUGUUGCUGCACAAUAAGCCAUUGCUGUUUGUAGGACCCACAGGCACUGGCAAAACAGCUAUCAUCAACAGAUUCCUGCGAAAUCUCAUGGUCCAAAAACAUACUGUGUGCCAAAUCACUUUCUCAGCACAGACUACAGCCAAUCAAACCCAGGAGAUCAUCCUCACACAGCAAGAAAAGAGGAGAAAAGUUAUCUCUGGGACCCAGCAAGUUAGAAGAGUUUAUGUUUUUGUUGAUGACCUCAACAUGCCAGCAAAGGAGAAAUAUGGAGCCCAGCCUCCAGUGGAACUGCUUCGUCAAUGGAUAGACCACGGCUAUUGGUUUGACAGGACAGACACGAGCAUUCUGCCAGUCCAUGACAUGUCCAUAGUGGCAGCAAUGGCCCCCCCUGGUGGUGGGCGGCAAACUGUCACUCCACGCUGCCUCCGACACUUCAAUAUUAUCACCAUCGACACUUUCAGUGAAGAGACCAUGAAGACUAUCUUCCAGCCUGUGGUGGACUGGCACUUCAGUAGGGGAUUCGAUGUCUCCUUGAAGAGAUACUCCAGGAUUCUGGUCUGGGCUACAACAGAGGUGUACAUCCAAGCACUGGAAAAUUUCCUCCCGACUCCUUCUAAAUCACAUUACAUCUUUAGUCUCCGAGAUUUCUCCCGGGUGAUUCAGGGUUUGCUCCUGUUAAAAUCAGAUUGUGUUCCACAAGGAGUCGAAGGGGAUCAUAAAUUAAUGAGACUCUGGAUCCACGAGGUCUAUCGUGUCUUCUGCGACCGAUUGGUGAACACUGAAGAUAGAAAGCUAUUCUUCCACAUUGUGAAGAACGUGGUGCAGAAACAGUUCAAAGAAAAAAUCAACAAUGUUUUCAACCACAUGAUCAUUGGCAGAGAUCUCAAUGAUGAUGACAUCCGCACUCUAUUCUUUGGUGACUAUAUGUCAUUGAAAUCAAACCAGAAGAGAAAGAAGGCAUAUAAUGAAAUAACAGAUAUGAACGAGCUAAAGAAUACUAUUGAACGCUAUCUGGAUGAAUUUAAUCGGAACAGCAAGGCUCCCAUGGACCUAGUGAUGUUUAACUUCAUUAUUGAACACAUCUCACGUCUCAGCAGGAUUCUCAAACAACCGAGUGGGCAUGCUUUGUUGAUUGGGAUCGGGGGGAGUGGGAGACAGUCAGCAACAAGGCUCACUGCAUUCAUGGCUGAAACCGAGGUGUUCCAAGUCAGUAUUCAGAAAACAUACACACUGUCCGAGUGGAAGGAAGAUCUGAAGAAAGUGUUACGUGGAGCUGGGCAGAAUGGCACUUCGACCGUCUUCCUAUUUGCAGACCAUCAGAUCAAGGAUGAAGCCUUUCUUGAAGAUAUUAGCAUGAUUCUCAACACCGGGGACAUUCCCAACCUGUAUGACAAUGAGGAGAAGCGAAUCAUCAUUGAAAAGAUGGCCCAGCUUGCACCAGCCGGCAAAGUGAAGCUAGAGCUUACACCCACCAACCCAUACAGCAAAUUCACCGAGAGGAUUCAGCAAAACCUGCACCUGAUGCUGGUAUUCAGCCCAAUCGGUGAGGCAUUCCGGAACCAUCUGCGGCACUUCCCAGCUCUGAUUAACUGCUGCACCAUUGACUGGUUCCAGGCUUGGCCUGAGGAUGCCUUAGAGAAAGUGGCGAACCAUUUUCUGGAUGACGUUGAAAUGUCACAGGCUAUCCGGAAUGAGGCUGUGUUCAUAUGUAAACAUUUCCACCAGAGUGUCAUUGCUCUUUCUGGAAGAUUCUACGAAACUCUUCAAAGGAGAGCUUAUGUCACACCUACAUCCUACCUUGAACUUAUAAAGAUAUUUAAAAAUCUAUUAGAAAGAAAAAGACUUGCAUUAUUGGCCAAUAAGAACAGGUACACAGUUGGAUUGGAAAAACUGGACUUUGCAGCCUCCCAGAUUGCGAUAAUGCAGCAGGAACUGACAGGGUUAAAGCCUUUGUUAAUGGAACGAAACCAGGAGACAGAGGAACUUCUGAAGGUCAUUGCUGAUGAGACACUGGAGGUGGAGGUUGUGAAGAGGGUGGUGGAAACUGAUGAAGAAACAGCAAAUAAAGCAGCACAGGAGGCCCGGGCGAUUAAGGUUGAGUGUGAGCAGAAGCUGAGUGUGGCUAUGCCAGCUCUCAACGAUGCUAUCACAGCUCUCGACACACUGAAGGCCAGCGAUAUCACUCUACUGAAGACCAUGCAGAACCCUCCAGCAGGGGUGCGGCUCACACUCACUGCCAUUUGUAUCUUGAAGGGAAUUAAACCUGAGAAAAAAGUGGAUGCAAAUGGAAAAAGUAUGGAUGAUUACUGGCCCUCUGCAAAGAAGAUGCUGAGCGAUAUGAAAUUCCUGGAAUCACUGAAGGAUUUCGAUAAAGACAAUAUCCCUGUGAAAGUGAUAGCCCACAUUCGAAGAGACUUUAUCAGCAAUCCUGAAUUCCAACCAUGUGUCAUCAGGAAUGUUUCCUCAGCCUGUGAGGGCCUUUGCAGCUGGGUCCGAGCCAUUGAAGUCUAUGAUAAAGUCGCAAAGAUUGUUGCCCCUAAGCGGAGGAAGCUGGAGGAAGCAGAGGCAGAGCUGAAAAUCCAAAUGGAGAAAUUGAAUAAAAAGAGGUCGGAGCUGACUGAGAUUAAGAGUAAACUAGAAGUACUUCAGAACCAACUCUCGCAAAAACUUGCUGAAAAGAAGCAACUGGAAGAGAGCAUCAAACUGACAGAGCUGAAACUGGAACGAGCUGAGAAGCUAAUCAAUGGCCUUGGAGGAGAGAGAGAACGAUGGACUAGUAUUUCAGAGCACCUGGAGGCAACAUACCAGAACAUUAUCGGCGAUGUUUUAUUAAGUGCCAGUGUGGUGGCAUACCUUGGUCCCUUCACGCCUGAAUUCCGACAGAAUGUUUUGGGAGAAUGGUUGGAUAUGUGCAAGCAGAAACAGAUCCCAGUCUCCAGUGUCUUCUCCUUAUUGAAUACAUUGGGGGACCCUGUGAACAUCAUGGAGUGGCAACUACAUGGACUUCCACGGGACACAUUCUCUGUGGAUAAUGCCAUCAUCGUGACUUCAGCUCAGCGCUGGCCACUCAUGAUUGACCCACAGGGUCAGGCCAAUAAGUGGAUCAAAAACAUGGAAAAAUCCAACAAGCUUCAUGUCAGCAAACUGACUGAGUCUGACUGUAUUCGCACUCUGGGGAACUGCAUUCAGUUUGGAAAUCCAGUUUUAAUUGAAAAUCUUUCGGAAGAACUCGAUCCCAUUCUGGAGCCGUUGCUGCUGAAACAAACUUUCAAACAAAGAGGGAUGGAUUGUAUUCGCCUUGGAGAAACAGUUGUCCAAUACUCAAAAGAUUUCAAGCUGUACAUGACCACUCGGCUUCGAAACCCCCAUUACCUCCCAGAGGUUUCUGUCAAGGUCACUCUCCUAAACUUUAUGAUCACAUCUGUCGGCUUGGAGGACCAGCUGCUGAAUAUCGUUACAGCGAAGGAGAAACCGGAACUGGAGGAAAAAAAGAAAGUUCUUUAUCUGGAAAGGGCAGAAAACAGGAAGCUUCUAAAAGAAACCGAGGAUCAGAUCUUGGAGGUGCUGUCCAUGUCGCAGGGGAACAUUCUGGAGGACGAGCGAGCCAUCAAUAUUUUGUCAUCUAGCAAACAGCUCUCGCAGGAAAUCCUAGAGAAACAGCAAGUCACGACACAGACCGAGAAGCAGAUCGAUGAAACCAGGGAUGGCUACAGGCCUGUAGCAACCCACUCCAGUGUGCUGUUUUUUGUCAUUUCUAAUUUGAUUUACAUUGAUCCCAUGUACCAAUAUUCCCUUGUCUGGUUUCUCAAUCUCUACAUGAACUCGAUUGACAAAAGCAUUCCCUCUAAAGUGCUCCAUGAACGGAUACACAAUCUGAAUGAGCACUUCACUUAUAGUAUCUACCAGAAUGUCUGCCGUUCUCUGUUUGAGCGAGACAAGAUGCUGUUUUCAUUCCUGCUGUGUAUUGGCAUUCAGAGGAGUCUGAAUCUGGUGAAUGAUGAUGAGUGGUGCUUUCUCCUGACGGGAGGGGUGGCACUAGAGAUCCCAUUUCCUAAUCCUGCCCCCAGCUGGCUGAAGAACAAAUCCUGGGGGGAAAUUGUUCGCCUCUCUACACUUCCUGCCUUCGCUGAUUUAAAGGACCACUUCUGCUCAAAGCUCCCUGAAUGGAAGAAAAUCUAUGAUUCCUCACAGCCUGAGAAAAUGCCUUUACCCACCCCCUGGAACGUCAGUCUGAGCACUUUCCAGUCACUACUGUUGCUACGCUGUAUCAGGCUGGACAAGAUGAUUCCCGCCAUCCAGCAAUUCAUCACAGUGAAAAUGGGUCCAGCUUACAUUGAGCCUCCAACCUUUGAUCUCCAACACAGUUAUAAGGGUUCCAGGCAUUUCACUCCACUCAUCUUUGUCCUUUCAGCUGGAGCUGAUCCCAUGGCCUUACUGAUGAGAUUCGCUGAGGAACAAGGAAUGGGGGCAGUCAAUCUCCAAACAAUCUCACUUGGCCAGGGCCAAGGUCCAAUUGCUGGAAAAAUGAUUGAAAAUGCGGCUGAGGAAGGUACGUGGCUUGUUCUACAGAAUUGUCACCUGGCGAGUAGUUGGCUGCCAGAGCUGGAACGUAUCUGUGAAGAGGUCAUCACUGACAGUGACAGAACCAAACCAGAAUUUCGCCUGUGGCUCACUAGCUAUCCUUGUCAAAAUUUCCCAGUCUCUUUAUUACAAAACGGAAUCAAAAUGACAAAUGAACCACCGAAGGGACUUCGAGCCAAUCUGCUGAGGUCCUACCUGAAUGAUCCAAUCUCAGAUCCACAUUUCUUCAAUGGCUGCAAUAAACCAGAGGUGUGGGAGAAGCUUCUCUUCGCUUUGUGUUUCUUCCACGCUCUCAUUCAAGAACGCAGGAUGUUUGGUUCACUUGGCUGGAAUGUCCCUUAUGAAUUCAAUGAAUCUGAUCUCCGGAUCAGUGCAAAGCAGGUUCAGAUAUUCCUGAAUGAAUACAAUCAGGUUCCUUUCGAAGCUCUGAUCUACCUGACUGGAGAGUGUAAUUAUGGUGGCCGUGUAACAGAUGAUUAUGAUCGACGGCUCCUCAUCAGCCUGCUGGAGAAUUUCUACUGUCAAAGUGUCAUCAGUGAUGACUGCUACAAAUUCUCUGCCAGCGGUAUCUACUUUGCCCCCAGGAGAAACAGCUAUGAGAGUUAUUUGGAAUACAUAAAGCAAUUGCCCCUCAAUGCAGAUCCAGAGGCCUUUGGGUUGCACGAAAAUGCAAAUAUCACGAAAGAACAGAAGGAGACACAGAGGCUUUUCGAUGGGAUCCUGAGCACACUGCCUCGUGAGGUCAGUGUAGGAGACAGAUCAUCAUCUGAGAUCGUGCAGGAACUGGCCACAGAUAUUCUAUCCAAAAUCCCACCUGACUUUGUCAUGGAGGAUGUGAUGAAUAAAUACCCAACAAAGUACAGUGAAUCAAUGAACACUGUGCUGGUACAGGAACUCCUUCAUUUUAACCGUCUGAUAUCCAUAAUCAGAACUAGUCUGACAGACAUCAAUAAAGCAAUUCAAGGUUUGAUUCUCAUGUCCAGCCAGCUUGAAGAUAUCUUUAACAGCAUGAUUGUAGGCAAAGUACCCUCCAUGUGGUCAGCAAAGUCCUACCCAUCACUGAAACCUCUGGGUAGCUAUAUCACUGACCUCCUCUUUAGAAUUCAGUUCUUUCAGACCUGGAUUCACAAAGGAACCCCAAUUGUUUUCUGGAUCUCCGGAUUUUACUUCACACAGAGCUUCCUGACAGGUGCAAUCCAGAACUAUGCACGGAAAUAUCGAAUCCCAAUAGAUCACCUGGGCUUCCAGUUCGAUGUGACUGACCAGGAUCGUGACAUGCCAGCUCCACCAACUGAUGGAGUUUAUAUUAAUGGCCUUUACAUGGAGGGAGCAAAAUGGGAUCGAAAGAAACACAGGAUUGGAGAAUCACUUCCCAAAGUUCUCUAUGACAAUCUACCAAUUAUAUGGCUCAAACCAGGUGAAAAGCUAUCAUUUAAGGAGGAAUCUGUUUAUGGAUGUCCAGUUUACAAGACGAGUGUUCGAAGAGGGAUACUCUCCACCACCGGUCAUUCCACAAACUAUGUCCUUACAAUUGAGUUCCCAUCAGACCAGCCACAAAAUCACUGGGUCAUCAGGGGAGUGGCCUGUCUGUGUCAGCUCGAUUAUUGACAACUAUCUACACUCCUGAAGAAAAAGCACAUGGGCUCUGCAUCAAUACAGCAUGUAGUUAAAGAAUUGCUCCUACCUGCUCCGUGGGCAGGUCUCUGUAUAUUAAUCGCUAAUUACUGGGUUUAGAAUGAUAUUUGUAUAGAGCAGGAUGAACUUUUUAAUCGAGUGAU